CGGUGGAGUUCAACCCUGGACCACAGAGACAAGGUGAGAAAUCUGAUUGGAUACCUGAGUGCAGGCUUCGAGAUUUGAAAUCAGUUGAGUUAAAACCUGUUCCACAGUUACAAGGUGUAACCUCUUCUGAGUUGGCACCAGAAACAAAGCUUCAAAGUGGAGAAUCUGUGGAGUUCCUUGCCAGACCCAUGAAGCAAGAUAUGAAAUCUCUUGAAUGGACUCUAGGUGCAAAGGUCAAAGAUGUGAAAUCUUUGGGGUUUGGGUCAGCCCCACAGUUACAAAACAGGAAACUGCAUAUGUUGACACCAGGGGCACACCUUCAAGGUGUGAAAUCUAUGAAAUUCAACCCCGGGGCAAAGUUGCAAGGUGCAAAAUCUCCUGAGUCCAUAAACCUUCGAAUAAUGAAAACGACAGAAGUCAAACAUGACCCAGAAUUUCAGGUUGCAAACCCCUCUGAGUUAGCCUUGAAAUCAAAGACUUGCAGUGUGAUAUCUUCUGAGUUCAAAGCUGGGAAACAGUGGCAAGAAGAGAAAUCUUGUAAGUUGAAACCAUGGCCAGAGCUUCAAAGUAUGAAAUUUAUGGUAUACAAUCCUGGACCACAUCUGCAACAUAUAAAAUCUUCAGAAUUAUGCAAAGAGACAAAGCUUCACGAUGUGAAAGCUAUGGAAUUCAAUCCCGAGCAGCAGUUGCAAGAUGUGAAAUCUCCCGAGUUAUGCAAGGGAACAGGUAUGCUUCAAGGUAUGCAGUCUUUUGAGCUCAAUCCUGGGCCACAGCUACAAGAGAUAAAAUCUGAGUUGUGCACAGAUGUGAAGCUUCCAUAUGAGCAAUUUCUGGAAUUCAAGCAUGAGCCUAAAUUACAAGGUGGGAAAUCCUCUGAAUUGAAUCCAGGGCCACAGCUUCAGUGUACAAAUCUUGUGGCAUUCAGCACUGGGCCACAAUUGAAAGGUGUAAAAUCUGAGUUGAAUCCUCAGCCGGGGCUUCAAGGUAUAAAAUCUCAGGUGUUCUGCCUUGGGCCACAUGUGCAAGGUGUGAAUUCUUCUGCAUUUAUUUCAAACCCAAAACUGCAGUGCGUAAAUUCUUUUGGAUGCAACCCUGAGCCACCUUUGCAAGGUAUAAACCCUUCUGAAUUAACUUUAGUUUCAAAACUUCAAGGUAUGAAGUCUUCUGAAGUGAGUUCAGGGACAGAGAUUGCAAGUGAGACAUCUAUGGUGUUCAACCCUGACCGGCAUUUGCAAGAUAUGAAAUCUGAAUUGAUUCCAGGGUCGAAGUUUCUAGGUGUUGCACCUAUGGAAUGCAACCCUGGGCCACAGAUGAAGUGUGUAAAUUCUUCUGAGUUGAAUGCAGAGCCAAAAUUACAAUGUGUAAAUUCUAUGGGGUGCAAACGUGGGCCACUUUUGGAAGGCGUACAGUCUUUUGGGUUGACUUCAGGGAGAAAAUGUCAACAAGGUAUGGGAUCUGAGGUGAAUCCAGGGACUAAGAAGCAAAGUGAGACAUCUGUGGUGUUCAACUUGGAAUCACAUUUGCAAUGUUUGAAAUCUGAAUUGAUUCCAGGGUCAAAGUUUCUAGGUGUAGCACCUAUGGAAUGCAACCCUGGGCCACAGGUGAAGUGUGUAAAUUCUUCUGAGUUGAAUCCAGAGUCAAAAUUACCAUGUGUAAAUUCUACGGGGUGCAUACUUGGGCCGCCUUUGCAAGGUAUACAAUCUUUUGAGUUGACUUCAGGGAUUAAAUGUCAAGGUAUGGGACCUUUUGAUUUGAAUCUGGGAACGGAAGUUCUAGGUGUAAAAUCUGUUAUGUUCAACCCUAUGCAACAUUUACAAAAUGUGAAAUGUGAAUUGACUCCAGGGACACAGUUUCAAGGUAUAACAUCACGGGAGUUCAACUGGGGCCCACAGCUGCAAAGCAUGAAUUCUUCUGAUUUGAAACCAGGGUUAGAACUUCAAUGCAUAAAUUCCAUAAAGUUUAAUCCAGGGCCACAGAUGCACGGCACAAAGCCCUCUGAAACUAACCCUACAUCAGAAUAUCAAGGUACAAAAUCUAUUCUGUUCAACGCUGGAGCAUAUUGGCAAGGUGUAAAAUCUUCUGAGUUAAUUCCAGGGACAAAGUUUCCAGAAAUCCAGUUUUUGGAGAAUCACUGUGGGUCACAGCCACAAGUUGUACAGUCGGUGUUCACUUUAGGCUCUCCGUUAAAUGGUAUGAAAUCUGUGUUAUUUUUACCAGAGCCACUGCUUAACGAUGUAAAGUCGGUGGAGAUGAACAAAGAGCCACUGCUUUGUGGUGCAAAUUCUGUGAAACUGAUUUCAGGCUCCGAGCUGCAAGACUUGAAAUGUGAGACGUUUGCACUAGAGCCAUGUUUUAAAAAAAUGAAAUAUGUGGAGUUAAAUCCAGGGCCACAUCCUCAAGGUAUGAAUUCUGAGGAGUUGCCCUCACACCUUAGACGACAUAGUGUGAGAUCUGUGGUGUUUGCACCAAAGCUGUGUUUUCAAGAUGUGAAAUCUCUGGAGUUGAAACCAGGACCGCAACCUCAAAAUGUGAAUUCUAAGGAUUUGAAUUCUUGCCUCCGGCAGAAAUCUGUGGUGUUUGAAUCAGAGCCACGUUCUCAAGAUGUGAAAUCUUUGAAAUCAAACCUAUUGCCACAUUGUCAAAGUGCUAAUUCUUUAGGGUUGUCAACAUGCCUCAAGUCACCACAUGCUAACUCUGAGACCUUUGCACCAGAGCCAUGUUUUCAAGAUAUGAACUCGGUAGAAUUGACACCAGGGUUCCAACAGCAAGGUACGAAUUGUCGAGAGCUGACUUCAGGAUGGCAAGGUAUGAAAUCGGUGGUGUUGGCACCAGAGGCAACUAAAAAGUUUGCACCAGGACCAUUGUUGACUAGCGUUAAAUUUUCAGAUUGGUCUCCGGAAUCACAGCAACGAGAUGAGAAAUCUUUGGAGUUUACUCCAGAUCCAAAGUUGCAAAGUAUAAAACAUGUGAAAUUGUCCUCAGCCUCUCUACAGCAAGAUACAAAAUCUGUAGAGUUAGCACCGGGGGCACUGCUUCAAGGAACAAAAGCUGAGAUGCUAAAUCGGAAAAGAAGCUAUCAAAUCACAGACUCUGAGAUAAUCCCUAGGCCAGGGCAUCAGUUUGUAGAAUGUGCAGAGAUGAUCCCGACACCAAAGCAUCAAGUCCCUAAAUCUAUGAAUUUGAUUUCAAUACCAGUUUAUCACAUCACAGAAAGGUUGGCACAUCAAGGCAACGAAACCACAGAAAAAUCUGUGGAGUUGACCCCAAAGCCAACAAGUAAAGCCAUGGAUUCUUCAAGAGUGCCUCUAAGGCUAGAUCUUCAAGUACCAGAAUCUGUUGAUCGGACUCCAGUGCUAAGGAAUCAAGGUUCUAAAUCCUCGAAAUUAACCCUAAAGAAAAGCUACCAAAUCCCAGAAACUCUAGAGUUGCUCUCUGAGUCACGGCCUCAACUUAGAGAUUUGAGAGAGUUACAUACAAGGCCACUGCAGCAAGCUGUAGGAUUUGAAGAGAUUACACCAGAGCCCAGGCAUCACACUACAGAAACUGUGGGAUUGACCUCCAAGGCAAGGCAAAAAGGGAAGGAAUUCCUCGGAGUGACCCCAAAGCCAGUAAGCGAAACCACUGGAUAUUCAGAGAGAUGUCCUAGGCCCUAUCCUCAAGCACUAGAAUUUGUGGAGGUGAUCUCUGAGAAAAGACUGCAAAGAGGAGAAUCUGACGCACUGAUUACAAAGCCAUUGCAUCAUGUUCCAGAAUCUCCAGAAAUGACAUCAGGGCUAGGAUAUCAAGUUCCUGAAUCUGUGGGUUUAACCUCUAGGCAAUGGCUUCAAAGGAGACAAUCUUUAGAGUUGCUCCAAAAGCAAACAGGUCAAGCUGUAGGACACACAGAGUCUGUAGAGCUCACAUCUGAGACAUGGCAGCCAGAGAAUGGAUCAGUGGGGCUACCACAGUCAGAGAAUCAAAGUAUAAAAUAUUCACAGAGAGCUCCAGGAGUACGGGCUCAAAUUACAGAAGUUAUGAGGAUUAGUCCAAAGCCACUAGAUCAAGUCCCAGGAUCCACAAAGACACAGCUUCAAGCUGCGCUCUCAAUAGGAAUAACCCCGGGAGCCCCCCAAAAAGUUACUGAGUAUGUGAAAGUGACUCCUGGGCCACCACUUCAGGUUGUGAAGUCUGUAGCAUUAACCCCAGGGCCAGCCUUUCAAAUGAUAGACUAUGUUCAGCUGACCCCAAAACUGCAAGAUGUGAGACCCUCUGAGUUUACCUCAGAGCUGUGGUUGCAAAGUGUAAAAUCUAAAGAAUUAACCACAGAGCCAACACACCAAAUUUUGGACAUAAUGAAGUCGACAGGCUUUCAGAUUGUAAAGACUGUGUUAAUCCCAUGGCCACCACUUCAAAUUGUAAAAUCUGAGGAGUUAGCACCAGGGCCAAUUGCUCAGGUUGUAGAACCAAUAGGAGUAGCAUUAGGAUCAGCGAUAGAAGUAAUAGAUUGUUUCAAUCUUCAAGAAAUGGUAGAACCCGUGGAAUUAACUCCAAGGCCAAAUACCCAUGUGAAAUCUGCAGAAUUACUCUCACAGCCAGCAUGUCCCUUUGAGGAGCCUGCAGUGUUCACUCAUGAACAAGGGCUUCAGGCUGUGAAAGCAAUAGGGAUAAAAAUAAGGCCUCCUCAAAUGAUGGAAUCUGAGGAUUUGAAUCUACGACAGGUAUAUCAGAAUAGGGAAUGUGAGGAUUUUACAUCAAGAGAGGAGUUACAAAUAGAGAACUAUCUCUCUAGAUUUCUCCAUAACUCUUCCAACUCCCUCAUCACAAGUUCUGAUGAAACAGAAUUCGGAAGCCUUUGUGAUUUUGAGGUGCCAGAAGUAUCAAGGGCCUUGGAUAUAAGAAACAUUGGGACAGAUAUUUUUCAGCCUGAAGAGUCCUUUAUAGACCCUACUAUGAUACAAUCUUCAACUCUUCCCUUUUCCCUUCACAAUCAACUCUCUGAUAAGAUAGCUAACAUUGUAGAAACUCCACAUUUUGAGAGCUCAGGAGUGGGUGUCCUAUCUAAGACGACUGACAAGAAGCAGGUGGAAGAGCUAGGGAACUCACUCCAGGGCCUAUCCCAACAUCCACCACAAAGCUGGAGAUCACCACCUAGGACAUUCCACUCAGGCUCAAGAAUUCAAAGAGGCCUUACCAGCUCUGUCCUGGGCAGACAACAGAACGUCUGGGAGAGUCACUCCUGGAGACAGCGACUACCUCGAAAAUAUCUCUCCAAUAUGCUAAUGUUGGGGGAUGUCUUGGGAACCACGAUGGAAAGGAAGCUUUGUUCUCCAACAUCUUUAAUGGAAAGAGCCACUAGAGAUAUCCGUCAAUCUAUCCAGAAUUUAUUUGGGGUUCCAGCUGAACUGAUGAAGCCUUCCCAGAGUCUGCUAGAGAAAGGUCGAGGUGUUAUUCCUCAGCCUUCAGUGGCCAGAAACUACAUUCAGAGGCACACUUCAUGUCGUGGUCACGAGCAAAGAACAGCCUUAAGAAUAUGGACACGUAGCUCCAUGUCCUCCAUAAUACAGCAAUAUUCUGGGACUAGAGUGAGAUUAAAGAGAAGUUCAAAGCUCACUGAUAUAUCCCAGGACAUCUUUCAGCACAUACCAUUCAGCACAUCAGAGGGCCAGCCUCCUGCCCCAGUACAGCUAGAGUCUUCCUUCAAUAUAGUUUUCACCAGGAAAGAUUCUGUUCCAGUGGAAGAGAGUGAGAACUCUUUGAGUUUUGAGUCCCAACACAGUCUCAAGCCAAGUUAUCUUCCCCACCAGGCCAAGACUGACUUCUCAGAACAGUUCCAGUUGCUACAAGAUCUGCAGCUAAAAAUAGCAGCAAAACUGUUAAGGAGUCAAAUACCCCCAAAUGUACCUCCACCUCUAACUUCAGGUCUGGUUUUAAAAUACCCUAUCUGCUUACAGUGUGGCCGAUGUGCAGGAUUUAAUUGCUGUCAUAAAUUACAGGGCACUUUCGGACCUUACCUUCUUAUCUAUCCACAGCUCCACCUUGUACGCACUCCUGAGGGCCACGGAGAGAUUAGGUUGCAACUUGGCUUUAGGUUGCAAACUGGGAAAAGACCCCAAGUCCCAAAGUACCACAGAAGAGACAGACCCAUCACACCACGAAGUCCUAUAUCACCAUCGCUAAGGACAGCGAAAGUCUAUACUCGAGCUUCCAAGAGUCCUACUUCUACGAUAUAUUUCCAGUCUGGAUCUUCCCAGUCUCCUUCUCCUGUACGAGUCCACAUCAGGCGAAGGCAGUAUAGAGGCCCUGACCUAGUAGGAAAGACAGAAAUUAGAAAGCCGGGGCUCUAUGAAUUUAGUCAGGUUCACUCUCUACCAGAGAGUGUCUCUGAAAGCAAUCAGAAUGUAAAAUGGGCUAAAAGGAAAACCAAAAAGACCCAUAAUCCAAAAUACCCAUACCCAAUGAAAAGAAUCACCAAGGGAAGCAGAACACAAAACACAAAACUCUACACAAAUGGUAGAAGCAUAAUACAGAGUCCUUCUAGGGAAUUACCAGCCCAGGUAAGAAGCAAGAGGACUGGAACAUCUCAAACUACCUCUGCGUCUUUAAGAAGACAAUCUAAGAAAUCCUCCCAACCCAAAUUCAUUCAACUGCUUUUGCAAGGCCUAAAGCAAGCAUUGCAGACAGCACACAGAAUUAUGACUUCUGCCGGGCAGAAGCCCGUGGACAGGCCACGGCCAGACCAUUCGUGGUCAAGCAAAAACCAGCAUCUAAAACAAAGAGCCAGAAAUGAUUACCUAUCAAGAGAUAUCAAAAGAGACAGGAUGUCAGUUGUUAAGGUAAAGCCAGUAGACAUAACCACUAAGCAGAACAUGUUAUGGGAAGAAAGAGAGCAAUUCAGAUCAGCUCAACCACCAGAAAGAGAUAGCUCUUUCCAACUCAGACGUACCCAACUGCCUAAGCCCAUAGUUUCCCAAGGAAGUGCCGCUUUCAAAACCAGUUCACUUGGACAGCCUAUGGGUAUUGUUCAAAAUGACUCUAGCAGCAAAGGUAAGAAAAAGCUCUACAGAAGUGAAAUCUCUAGCCAGGAGUCCAAGAACUCCAAAACAGGAACCGGAGUUCAAGUCGGGGGGAGAAAUCUACAUGGUUCACCUCACAGAACCUCACACAGCCACCUUAAAGAGAAACUCGCACCCAAGAAGCAAAACCACAGCUUCUUAAGGGAGAGAACCCCAUAUAAUUCCUCUGUAAGGAGCCAUCGCAGUCCCUCUGAGAGGAGAUGUCGCAGUCCCUCUGAGAGGAGCCAUCGAAGUACUUCUCAGAAGAGCCAUCACAUUCCCUCUGAGAGGAGCCAUCACAGUCUGUCUGAAAAAAGCCAUCACAGUCUCUCUGAGAGGAGCCAUCAAAGUGCCUCUGAGAGGAGUCAUCGCAGUCUUCCUCAAAAGAGUCAUCACAGUCCCUGUGAGAGGAGCCAUCACAGUCUUUCUGAAAAAAGCCAUCACAGUCCCUCUGAUAGGAGCCUUCGUAGUCUCUCUGGAAGGAGCUAUCACGGUGCCUCUGAGAGGAGCCAUCGUGGUCCUUCUCAAAAGAGCCAUCACAGUGCCUCUGAGAGGAGGCAUCACGGUCCUUCUCAAAAGAGUCAUCACAGUCCCUCUGAGAGGAGCCUUCGAAGUCCUCAAAAGAGUCAUCACAGUCCCUCUGAGAGGAGCCAUCACAGUCUUUCUGAAAAAAGCCAUCACAGUCCCUCUGAUAGGAGCCCUCGUAGUCUCUCUGGAAGGAGCUAUCACGGUGCCUCUGAGAGGAGCCAUCGUGGUCCUUCUCAAAAGGGCCAUCACAGUGCCUCUGAGAGGAGGCAUCACGGUCCUUCUCAAAAGAGUCAUCACAGUCCCCCUGAGAGGAGCCAUCGAAGUCCUCAAAAGAGUCAUCACAGUCCCUCUAAGAGGAGCCUUCGGAGUCCUCAAAAGAGUCAUCACAGUCCCUCUGAGAGGAGCCAUCACAGUUUCUCUGAAAAAAGACAUCACAGUCCUUCUGAGAGGAGCCCUCACAGUCCAUCUCAGAAGAGCCAUCACCGUCCCUCUCAGUGGAGCCAUCGCAGUCCUUAUCAGAAAGGCCAUCACAGUCCCUCUGAGAGGAGCUAUCGCAGUCUCUCUGUAAAGAGCCAUCGGAGCCCUUCUGAGAGGAGAUGUCGCAGUCCCUCUGAGAGGAGAUGUCGCAGUCCCUCUGAGAGGAGCCAUCGAAGUUUAGGAUUAAUCUGAGAUUUUGUAAGCAAUCAAGUACCCUCAUUUGACAAGUAUUGUAAAACAAUCGUUAUUGUUGAAAUCUUUGAAAAAUAAAAGAGACCUAGGGGGAGUGGUUUCUUAACCAUGUUGAUUAAUUCCCAAGAUGUUAAUCAUGCUGAUCAUAUGAAGUAUUGUUUUUUUGGUUGUUGUUAUUAUUGUUUUUAAUGUGCUUAUGCUUAUUCAUGAGAAGGGAUAUGGGUAUAUUUGAGUCUUACACUGACAGUGAUGAAAUUCCUAUGGUGACAGUUUACUAAGAGGAGUCAGAGGGGACUUGACUCUUAUUGGCCUCCUGAUACUAGCAAGUCUUCCAAGUAGAGAUUUCUCCCAUUGUUUUGGAUGGUGGGUUUUGGUCCUAGAGUACUGCUAAUUCCUGUUAAAAUUUUUUAUACUUUUACUGAGGUACCAUUGAAGUACAAUAGAAUGCAUCUUUACAGUAUACAUACUUAAAGCAUACAGUAUGAUCAGCUCUUUUUUUUACAUUUUUAAAAUUUAAAUCAAAUUUUCAAUAUAGAUUAUAACAUCCAGUGCUCAUCCUAUCAAGUGCCCUCCUCAUUGCCCGUCCCCCAGUUACCCUAUCCCGCUCCCACCAACC